AUGGAUACAGACAACGUCUGCAAAGCUGAAGAGUUUGCUGUGGUAAAAGCAAAGUGGUUUGGAGAUGAGCUCUGUUUGAUGAGGAAUGAUGUGAAGAAUAUUGUGGCCAAAUCACCUCUCUCUCCUUUGCUGUAUUCCAAGCUGGUGGUGUUUUAUGCUAAACUUUUUUCCUGUAUUUCCAGGUACAAUGGAUCCCUCCCUAAUGGCGACAGGGGCCGCAGGAAAAGCAGAUUUGCCCUUUAUAAACGAUCAAGAGCAAGUGGAGUUAAACCCAGCUCUGUCCAUGUCGUCUCUACUCCUCAGACUUCAAAGGCAGUCAGCUCAAAAGGCCACCACAGCAUCUCUUACACAUUAUCCAGAACCCAGACAGUUGUUGUGGAAUAUAUUCAUGACAGAGACACAGACAUGUUUCAGGUUGGGAGGUCUACAGAAAGCCCCAUAGACUUUGUAGUAACAGACACUAUUUCAGGAAAUCAAAACAGUGAUGAAACCCAGAUCACCCAGAGCACCAUCUCCCGAUUUGCCUGCAGGAUUGUUUGUGACAGGAACCCACCAUACACAGCAAGGAUCUUUGCAGCUGGCUUUGACUCGUCUAAAAAUAUAUUUCUUGGUGAAAAAGCAGCCAAGUGGAAAAACCCUGAUGGCCACAUGGAUGGAUUGACAACCAACGGGGUGCUGGUGAUGCACCCCAAGGGAGGCUUCACGGAGGAGUCCAAGCCCGGGGUGUGGAGGGAGAUCUCUGUCUGUGGGGACGUCUACACGCUCCGGGAGACCAGGUCUGCUCAGCACAGGGGCAAACUGGUGGAAAACGAGACCAACGUGCUGCAGGACGGCUCCCUGAUCGACCUGUGCGGGGCCACGCUGCUGUGGCGGACGGCGGACGGGCUGCUGCACUCGCCGACGCAGAAACACAUCGAGGCUCUGCGGCAGGAGAUCAACGCCGCGCGGCCCCAGUGCCCUGUGGGCUUCAACACCCUGGCCUUCCCCAGCAUGACCCGCAAGGACGUGGUGAAGAAGAAGGACGUGGAGGAGAAGCAGCCUUGGGCCUACCUCAGCUGCGGCCACGUGCACGGCUACCACAACUGGGGCCACCGCAGCGACGCGGAGGUGAACGAGCGCGAGUGCCCCAUGUGCAGAACCGUGGGCCGCUACGUGCCCCUGUGGCUGGGCUGCGAGGCCGGCUUCUACGUGGACGCCGGGCCCCCCACGCACGCCUUCACCCCCUGUGGACACGUGUGCUCCGAGAAAACUGCCAAAUACUGGGCCCAGAUCCCGCUGCCUCACGGCACCCACGCCUUCCACGCCGCCUGCCCCUUCUGCGCCACGCAGCUCACCGGGGACAACUGCGUCAAGCUCAUCUUUCAGGGCCCCAUCGACUGAGGAACCGCACGGAAAUGACCACAAUAAAAAGUUUUUUCGAACGGUUUACUGUGAAGAUUUUUUGCCACUAAUUCUAGAUUUUACCUUUUUUUAUAAUGUUGUUAAUAUAGGGGGUGGUAGGGCGGGGAUGGAGGGGCCGUGGUGGGGUUGGGAUACAUUGAUACCUGGAACUCGACAGAUAUCAGUGGUGUUGCAUGCUCGAAAGCAGCAUAUUCAUGGAGUCUUCUUGGUCAAAUUGUAGUAUAUUUGUAAUCUUUUUAUUAGUACCCUGGAUCAGAAAAAAGGUGUCUUAAAUGAUUUUUUUAAGCUAAGAUUUUUUAAUGGAAAGGUUUUUUCUUCUAAACUUUGACAAGCCUUUAAAACCUAUUUUUCAAAUCUAGAAGGAACAUACAGAAUGUAACUGUCUUUAAUUUGCAAUAUAAUUUAACUUGAAUAGUUUUCUCAAGGAGCAAAUACAGAAUGUGUGGACAACCAUAGGUGAAUGUUCACUAGAGAUAAUUGGAUAUGUAAGAGAAAAAUUAGCUGCCUAAAAUGUAGAGGAUAAAAGCUAUUAAAAUAUCUAUUAUGCGAUAACACAGCUGGCCAAAAAGGCAUCAAAGAUUACUUGAAACUGAGGAAAUCCUGUUUGCAUUGAUUUCCUUUCAGUGUAGUAGAUAUCCACUGGCUAUUAGGUAUGGGAGAUGGCUCAUUAUUUUCUGGUUUGUUUUUUUUUUUUUUCCAUUUAACCUGCAUCUGGUGAAACCACUUUGCUCUUUUCCAUACCCAGCUCUGGGGUUUAAGCUGAUGUUCUGUGUAUGUGUGGUCUGGCCUUUUUUAUUUCUGUUUUGCUUGCCCUCAGUGCUCCUUCCCCAGAACCUUUGGGUGAGUGGAGGCCACAGAUUCCCAAAAUGGUUUGGGUUGGAAGGGACCUUAAAGCUCAUCAGUUCCUCUCCUGCCAUGGCAGGGACACCUUCCACUGU